ACACAAGAGUGGGGAGAUAACACACAGAUGAUCUACACACAAUAUCAUCUACCUGGUGUAAUUCUGACAUAGUGAGACUGAAGCGGUGGCAAACACCUGAAUACGACUGGAAAGUUAAAGAGCUCACCAAGAAACAGGUUUAAAGACAGCAUCCAUCCACGUUUCUUCCUUUUUACACUUGACCCUGCUCGACGUCGUCCUCCGUCAUGACUGCCGGGCUGGGCAUCGUGCUCCUGAUGGCGGCGGGCCUCUCAGGCCUCGUUCACUGCUUCCAACCUCUCUUCUCAUUCAAUGGGAAUUCCAGCGCUCACAGUGACAUCACACUAAGGGCGGUUCUUAGAAAGACGGCUGAGGUCUGCCGAGAUAUGGCUGCCUCUGAGGGACGGGACUUCAGCCUGACUAUUGACGACAGCCUGACAACGGACAAGGUGCAAAGGGCCUGUUCCUCCCCAGGGACUUCCACAAUUCUCCUCUCCAGUGUCAUAUUCCAAACGUCCAUGUUCGACAUGGUCUUCGGCAACGCAAAUGUGGAUGUGGUGUUUGCCCUGAGUGAGGAGCACCAUUUUGACGAUGAAACCUUCCAGGGAGGACGUGAUGUAAUCACUGCAGGCGUGGCUGCUGUUAAGGCCAGUGUGAAGCUGGAGAACUUUGUUGCAGGGAGAUGGACUCUCGGACGAGUCUGUCACACCCUGCAGGACUUCUACAGCCACAGUAACUGGGUGGAGCUGGGGAAGAAAGCUCCUUACUCUGCCCUGAUCAGACCAGACCAGCCUCUUGAGAACCUGGCAGACGGGAGUACGCCAACCUGUAGAAACUGUGAAGGAGAGGACUGUGAUAACAACAUCCUGCCUGAUCUGAUGCAGCAGGGGCUUCUCACCUCAGGCUACUUCAACAUCUUCUCCUCAGUAAAACCUGCUGGUAAAUGCAGCCAUGGUGGUUCAUUUGACCAGACGAGCAAACAGGACCCAGUGGGGGGCAUCAAUAAGGAUGACAUCAGCUCCAGUCACGGCUCACUUCACCACGCAGCGGCCGAUUUGGCAGUGAGUGCCACAUUGGAGCUACUGGAGGACAUCAGAGUAGCUGUCGGGGACAAGAACUUCCUGCGACUGAUGGGCCUCUCCCAGUCCUCUGUGCUGUGUUUUGUCAUCGACACCACAGGCAGUAUGAGUGAUGACAUCGCCGAGGCAAAGAGAGUUUCCUUCUCCAUCAUCGACAGUAAGAGGGGAACCCCGCAAGAGCCCUCUGCCUACAUACUGGUGCCUUUCAAUGACCCAGGAUUUGGACCUCUGAUCAUGACAACCAAUGCAGAUGUAUUUAAAGACAACAUCAACAAGCUGUCUGCAAAUGGAGGAGGAGACAUCCCAGAGAAAUGUUUGUCUGGACUUCAGCUCGCCCUGACUGCGGCGCCUCCCUCCUCUGAGAUCUUUGUCUUCACUGAUGCUCCAGCUAAAGAUGCCCACCUGAAAAGCACCAUCACUGCUCUUAUUGAGAGCACCAAGUCUGUGGUUACUUUCAUGUUGACGGAUGUCUUGGCCAGUCGACGGCGCCGCAGAGGUAGUAGCCAUGUGAGUUCACGUAAAAUGAACCAGGCAGAUGCUCAGCUGUACCGUGACCUAGCCCAAGCUUCUGGAGGUCAGGCCAUCGAAGUCACGAAGUCAGACCUCACUGCGGCUACAAGUGUUAUAGAGGAUUCAUCAGCCAGCGCAGUGGUGACAGUUUUUCAGGUGGUGAAGAAUCCCGGGCGGCCUGAUCAUUUUACAUUUACUGUUGAUGGUUCGUUGAGGAACAUGACUGCAUACGUCACAGGAGCCUCAUCUCUCACCUUCAAUCUCACCAGCUCCUCAGGUUUAUCUCAGAACUCCAGUCAGUCCAGUGGUCCUCUGGCAUCCUCCACUACAGCAGGAAACCUACGUCGGCUGAGCCUCAACACUGAUAAUCAAACAGGAUCAUGGCAAAUCAGUGUUGACUCUAAUAGUCCUUAUUCUGUUAAGGUCAUAGGUCAGAGUUCAUUGAACUUCAUUUUUUACCUCUUGGAAGCACAUGAAGGAGCCCAAGCCCACGGAGACUUCAACCUAAAGGAGGGACGUCCUCUUUCAGGUGGUAAUGUCAGCCUCUUGGUCUUUGUGUCAGGAAGCGACAAGUUGAAAGUAUCCGAGGUCAAUCUGUUUGACAGCUCAGGGCCGACGGAGGUCAAUGGAUCAGUACAGUUGAUUGAACGUGGUAACUUCCUGGUGACAUUCAGCGGAGUCCCAGCAGGGAACUACGUGGUUCGUUUGAAGGGAGAGGACAGCAGCGCCACCUCAAGGUCCUCACUUAGCAGUUUCCAGAGACAGGCCCCCACAACGAUCAAGACCUCUAGCAUCUCUGUAACUGCUCGAGCCAACAACACCAACGUAGAGCCGGGCUCCACCAUUUCCAUCCCCUUCACUGUCGCCACAACCAACGGCGGGGUUGUUAACACCUCUGCAACUGACACCUUCACGGUCCGUGCAAACAACGACCGCAGCUACACUUCCUCUUCACCCAGCACGGUCACCGCAGCGGCAGGAAGCGGAGGCGCAGCCAACGGUACCGUGACCUUGACAGUACCGGGCAGCGCCGUGUCAGGAACAGAUGUGACCCUCACCAUCGAGGCAGAAAACGCAGCCGCCAGUGACGUCAACUAUGCCGUCCUCAGGUUGUCUGUGGUAGCCAAGGUGACAGAUACUGCCCGCCCCGUGUGCCAGGUCGUCAGCACAUCGACCAACUGUACGUCCUCUUCCUCGCUCUGUUCUUCCUCUCAUUGGGAAUUCAUUGCUAACUUCACUGAUGGCGUCAACGGAACCGGCAUUGAUAGCAUAACCGUCCGCCAGGGGAACGGUACCCUCAACACCAGCACAGUGGCUGGAGCGGGGGGUGAGAACUUUACAGUGGUUACCUACAGCGCCUCCUGCUGUGCACAGAACGUGGUGCUGGCCGCUGUGGACAACGUGGGGAAUGUGGGCAAGUGUGUGGGACAGGUUCGGGAAUCAACCACAGCGACUCCAGCUGUGGUUGAAGCUGCGAAUACAACUACAGCUGCAGUUACCACAACAUCCACAGGGGGGCACACUUUGAGCAUGUCUCGCUGUCUAUGGAUCACUGCUGCAGUUUAUCUCCUUUGGAAGUAAUAAAUACAUUACUCUGUAAUUAUAGCUGGAAGUCUUUAAUAAUAUAACCCUGACAAUAUAUCAGUCAGUCGAGUUUAUUGGCCUGUAACAUUUAUAUGGAUAUCCACAUUUCUUAACUCCAAACACCCAGUUUGAGUCGGGUUCUAUUCUUUCAUGGGAUAAAAAUAAAUCUUUUGAAUCAG